AAAAUCCAGUUUUGAUUUGGGAAUAGCAUACACUCUGAGGUAAGGCAUGGCAUUGAUGAAAGUAAAGUUUGACUUGCCCAAGCGGGUGAAGCUUGCCCAGGGCCUAUGGCUCAUGUACUGGCUGGCAGUGAUGACUGGCAUCCUGGUCUUCAGCCUGGGGCUGUUCUUUAAGAUCGAGCUCCGGAAGAGGAGUGAGAUGAUGGACAACAACGAGAGCCAUUUUGUGCCCAACCUGUUGAUCCUAGUAGGCCUUGCUGCUUGCGGGCUCAAUGUUUUUGGCGGCAAAGUGUGCCACGACUCUCUGGAUGCUAUGAAGUUCGCCAAGUGGAAGCCCAUGGUCAAGGGCUACCUGAUGGGCUGCUUCGCUUUCAACAUCCUCCUGUUCUUCACAGCUCUGCUGUGCUUCUGCAUGCAGUUCCAGCUGUACUUCACCCUGGCUGAGGGUCUGAAGAAUGGGAUCAAAUUCUACAAGGAUACGGAUACACCUGGACGCUGCUUCAUGAAGAGGACGCUGGACAUGACCCAGAUCGAGUUCCGCUGCUGUGGCAACAACAACUAUAGGGAUUGGUUCGAGGUCCAGUGGAUCAGCAACCGCUAUCUGGACUUCAGCAACGAUGAAGUCAAAGACCGUGUCCUGAGCAACGUGGAGGGGAAGUUUCUGAUGGAGAGUGUACCCUUCAGCUGCUGCAACCCAGGCUCCCCCAGACCCUGCAUCCAGCACCAACUGACCAACAACUCAGCCCACUAUGACUACGACCACCACACCGAGGAGCUCAACAUCUGGACCCGGGGCUGCCGCGAGUCCCUGGUCGCCUACUACGGAGGCAUGAUGAACAGCAUCGGGGGCCUGAUGCUACUGUACAUCAUACUGGAGGCAGGAGUGAUGGUGGGCUUACAGUACCUGACCACUUCUCUGGAGACCAUGGCAGACCCAGAGAACCCGGAGAGUGAGAGCGAAGGCUGGCUCCUGGAGAAGAGUGUGAAGGAGACGGUGGCAGACUUCAUAGCAGAGAUCAAGGGUCUGGCCGGUGCAGGGAACCAGGUGGGGGAGGGGGAGGAGGCGGUGGCCACUGUGAGUUGAGAGGGUCCCACCCAAAGGGACUGAGGCUUGUCCUAUCGAUGGGAGCUCAAAGAGAAAGAGGAGUGAGAGGAGAGCGAUCUUCUCAGUGAAACAACGCACACAAAUGUAAACACAUGAAAACAAAAUGCGUACACAAACAUACACACACAGACACAAACAUGGACACACCCUUUGAAAAGUGAAGAACUUAACCAACUGCUCAGAUGAAGUAAGAACCAAACUCAAAAAUGUGAAUGUAUAUCCUGUCCAUAAUAAUUAUGUAUAUAUGUUAAUCGUUCAAUUUAUUUUUUUAAAUAAUGAAAAAUAUAUUUGGGUUGUCAAAACAUCUGUACAGUAUACAUGAAUUUGGGCUUGUGAAUAUGAAGAAAAUGUAAUUAAUGAAUAAUUAUCUCCUCCCCUGCCUGGCAAUCCUCUCCAUGGAGAAUGAUGGGCAGACCCUGAGACCAUCAAGCCUAAUACAGUUUCUCUAUGCUCAUAUCUAAUAGUUUUACUCCUAUGUCCUUGUUACACUCCACAACUUGUGUUGCGUGGACAUGUAACCUGACAGCCACACAAAUAUAUAUGUAGUUCUGUGAAGUGAUUUAGUCUGCUCAAUUCAACCGACUCCAAAACUGAACAUUACCAGUGCCCAAUGCAACCCGGUCAAAUGUCCCCUUAUGGCAGCUUAAAUUGGGUAGCUGCGGAACUGGGGUCCUGGCUGUCCCAGCCCCCUGUCACAGUGUCCCCAUACAGGUCCUGGCAGUGCAGGGCCAUAUGCAUUCACACCUAUACAACACACACUUUUACAUUCAUUAGUUAUGUAUCAGUGUUGCUAUCGGGUUAUAUGUCUGCUUCGUGCACGAUGCAGUUUUAACUCUGGUUUUGUACUCCUUUGAGGGAAUACAGUGGGCUGAGUGGCCAGAUGAAGUGCUGGUGGAACUUAGAAGAGGAAUGUUCUGUACUUUUUGGAGAGCAAAAUAUGAUCCGAUCGGCAGUUUAAAUCAGCGUGUGAGUACAUAGAGAUACGGGUCAGUUUUCCGUGGAUACAAAAAGUCUUAUCAGUUGUAAUAUUUUUACUUUCUGUGUGAC